CAAAGGUUAAUCUUGAAGAUCGUGGGCGGAGUUUGAGAGGGUCCUCAAGCGCUGCGUGUGUGUGUGUGAGGUGACACACAGCCAGGAGAGACGACAUCGUCUUGACAGGUGUGACCCCUGUGAUAUAGAACCAUGGCCUCCUUCACCAAGCUCCUGACGGGCCGCAACACAGCCGUGCUAUUGGCCGGUCUGGGAGCGGGCACCGCCGCCGCCGGAUACAUGAUGGGGGGCGACAACGCCACCCUGUUCGCCAGAGACAGAUCAAAGCUUUACCCACCAAGCGCUGACUUCCCCGACCUCCGUAAGCACAACAACUGCAUGGCCAGUACCCUCUCCCCAGCACUCUACGCCAAGCUGAGGGACAAGAAGACCCCAGGCAACUGGACACUUGACCAGUGCAUCCAGACCGGGGUGGACAACCCUGGACAUCCCUUCAUCAAGACUGUGGGCAUGGUGGCCGGAGAUGAGGAGAGCUACGAGGUGUUUGCUGACGUUUUCAACCCAAUCAUCGUGGACAGACACAAUGGCUACGACCCCAUUAAAAUGAAGCAUCCUACCGACCUGGACUCCUCAAAGCUCAAAUCAGGCAUGUUUGAUGAAAAAUAUGUGCUGUCUUCCCGUGUGCGUACCGGACGCAGCAUCCGCGGCCUCAGCCUGCCCCCCGCCUGCACGCGCGCCGAGCGCCGCGAGGUGGAACGGGUGGUGGUCACGGCACUGUCGGGCCUGAAGGGUGACCUGGCUGGACACUACUACGGCCUGAGCGACAUGACUGACAAAGAGCAGCAGCAGCUCAUCGACGACCACUUCCUCUUCGACAAACCCGUGUCCCCUCUCCUGACGUGUGCAGGGAUGGCCCGCGACUGGCCCGAUGCCAGGGGUAUCUGGCACAACAACGAGAAGACGUUCCUCAUCUGGAUCAAUGAGGAGGACCACACCCGCGUCAUCUCCAUGGAGAAGGGUGGCAACAUGAAGAGGGUCUUUGACAGGUUCUGCCGCGGACUCAAACAGGUGGAGAAGCUGAUCAGUGAGCGUGGCUGGGAGUUCAUGUGGAAUGAGCACCUGGGCUACGUCCUGACCUGCCCCUCCAACCUGGGCACCGGCCUCAGGGCAGGAGUGCACGUCAAAAUCCCACACCUCAGCAAAGACGUGGCCCGCCUGGACAAGAUCCUGGAGGCCCUGCGUCUGCAGAAGCGCGGCACAGGAGGAGUGGACACCGCCUGCGUAGGGGACACCUUCGACAUCUCCAACCUCGACCGCCUGGGCAGGUCUGAGGUCGAGCUGGUUCAGAUGGUGGUUGACGGCGUCAACUAUCUGAUUGAGUGUGAAAAGAAACUAGAAAAGGGACAGGAAAUCACAAUCCCGGCUCCCGUGUCUCAGUUCAAGAAGUGAUCUCACCGCUUCGCUUCAGGUCCUGACUGAGGACAGGUGUGGGCCCAGCACUAGCGGGAGCGGGAGACUUGAGCUCUCCUUCUACCAUCAUGGCACAGAAGGUCUUACAUGUACAAAAAAAUAAACAAACCCCAAUAAAAUAAUCCUUUUACAUGAAA